AUGUCGGUCUCCAAUGUCUGCAGUAUCAUGGAAAGUGCUCACACUUUUAACGACGCAGAACUACUCCGGAAGUGUCGAGAAUUUUUCUAUAAAGAGUCCGUGAAAUGUAUCCAAUCAGAAUCCUUUUUAGAUCUCUGUGCAGAAUGUAUAGAUAACAUCAUUUCCUCUGACGAACUUACCGUAGAGGAGUACUUGAUUUUAGAGAGGGUUCUUGAGUGGGCAGAUGCUGAGUGUGUUCGGAAAGACAAAGAUUUAAAUGAUGCCAACAGACGACAGGCCCUCGGUAAAAUCUUGAAUCACAUCAGGUUCCCUAUCAUGGAUUCAAAAUAUUUUGCCGAAAAUGUAGCUUGUCGUGAAAUACUGUCAAAAUCGGAAAGGCUUGCUAUUUUCACUUUUAUAUGCAGCGGUCAUAAAUCUCAGACUGAUUGUAAUUUUAAGACAUCCAAACGGAGAGGAAGAUAUGCGAGAUCUAGUUCUUCGAGGCAAAAUGCCCACAUGUCACAAAGUAACAGACAAAGAGUGGCGAUGCGAUUUGCGCGCGAAGGACACGUUUCACUUAGGAACGAAAAUCUUUGGUAUGUGGGACAGAAAUCCGAUAAAAUUGACUUUACGUCUUCCAAGACAAUAUAUAUUCAUGGAAUCGUGAUGUACGGCUGUGGAAUUGAGGGGACAGAGUACAGCGUGAAUGCCUCCAUCCUUAGAACUGGUUUACCAUUUCUUUCCAAUGAACUUUCCCACGUGAGCACAACGGUUCCUGUGAGAGUACCAUAUAAAACCUUCAACGUAUUCUUUCCGGAACCUGUGCACAUUUCACCGAAUAUAAAGUACACGAUAUCUGUGACCAUGCAGGGUCCACGAAGCUACUGGGGAGAAGGAGGUGAGGAAUCCGUAACUAGUGACGGUGUUCAGUUCGACUUUCACAAAUCGUCAGGGGAGGCAAAUGGAACAGAUGUGGAUCACGGUCAAAUUCCUGGACUUAUAUUCAUUAAAUAG